AUGGAAAAUGCAAAAGGCAAGAAGCAGAAGUCCCCAAAGAAGUCAGGGGAGCGGCAAAAAGCUUCAAAAUCCCAACCGGUACCAACUAAAGAGAAAUACGGGGCUGCUGGUGAACCAAGUCAACAAAGAACCUCAGAGAUGGAGACCAAACGGAAGCGAUCUAAGAAAGAUGACCAAGUUUCUUGUCCAGAAAAGAUGGAACCAGAAAAAAAAAGAAUAAGAAUUCACAAGAAGAUACCAAUUCCUCCGCUGCCCCUUCACUUGCCACCAGUUAACCUGAUUCAUCGAGACGUCGUGAGGGGUUGGUGUCAGCAAUUAAAGCUGAGCACCAGCGGCCAGAAAUGGGAAACAUAUGAUAGGCUGCGCGCAUAUGCUUACCCUAAUCAAAAGAAUAUUCCAGUCAAACCAGAGGAGGCAAAGAUAUUGACUUUAGCACAAAGGAAAUUGAAGAUGCAGCAGGGGGAAAUGACUCUGGACAGUUUUGGUCUUCCUGAACUGCCUGCUCCCCUGGUGGGGGGGCCUGCUCCUGACGGGGGUGCUGCUGCUCUCCUGGAGGGAAUGGACAAUAUUUUCGUGACAACUUCCACCCCGGAUGAUGUGUUUGCCUCCUGGAGCAGAAUUGCAGCCACUACCGGGAAGACUGGGAAAACUAGGAAGAUGGAGACUGUGAGGUUGACACAGGAGGCCUCUGAUAACAAGUGGUGUGUGGUCCAUGGACAGAGUCUCCCUGCAGACACAGAGGGUUGGGUUCAGCUACAGUUUUAUGCUGGGCAAGCCUGGGUUCCUGAGAAACCGGGGCAAGUGUGUGCACUCUUCUUGAUACCUUCCCGCAACUUUCCACCCCCACACCUGGAGGAUAAUAUGUUGUGCCCCAAAUGCAUUCACAGGUAAUUACCUAGUUCUUUUCUACAAACUAAAA